GGCCUGCAGUACUGCACCCCUAACCACUGCGCCACCUCGGCUCUUUUACAACUUCUCGUAGAAUGAGUAGUGACGCCCCUGUUGGGAAACAUAUGCCCUAGCUAUGCAGCCCCUUAGCCGCCUGCCGAUGGUUGCUGCAGACACCUUCCUUCCCAGAGUCGUGAGCUGAAACGACACGAAUAGACUUUCCGACCUCCGAGAGUCGGCGGAGCGACUGGUAUAGAUCUUAAGGGCCCGUCGCAUGUCCAGCUUGUGCCGCCUUCUCUCCAAGGGAUAUUUGGGUGAGGGGUAAAAUGACCCCUUGGGCCCGGUGUAAGAUGCAUGUGCUUGCGCAGGAGGGGCGCCACCCCUCCCCAGCCCGUUUUUGGUCCCAGGCUUCAGCCCAAAAUGGGCCACAGGGGAGGUUGUACGUUCAUGGGUGGGCAGGAAGCACAGGUGAGUGCGCUUGCAUGCGCGGGGGACGGGGUGGAGUGUCCGAGGGGAGGAGGUCGCGAGCUUUUCAUUAUGCCUGUGGGCACGCAUGCACGCACUGUCACACAUGCGCACAUGCUUUCAGCAUGCAAGGACAAAAAAGUUAGCCAUCACCGGUCUCGGGUCUCCUGCUUGAGCUGGACUAGAAGACCUCCAAGGUCCCUUCUGGCUCUAUUCUGAUAUAGAUAAUUUGUUACAAAUCCAAGCAAAGACUGAACUCUUCAGUGUACCCCAUUGGGUCAGGAACCCAUCACCCAUCAUUUUCUCCUCCUUCCAGGUACAGACUUGGGCCCGAGAACCCUUUUCCAACCCAGUACGUCGAAUGUCUGAAGGCGGCCAUCUUCCUCAUGAAACACGCAGGUGAUUACGGGGUGGACAGUUCCCGUAUUAUCAUUUCCGGAGACAGCUUCGGGGGGUGUGUUGCCGCGCACAUCUGCCAGGUACUGGCGGACCGGAGCGACCUUCCCAAGGUCUACGCCCAAGCGUUGAUCUACCCCGUGCUUCAGGCCUUGGAUUUGUCCUUGCCGUCCUAUCAGCAGAACCGCCGUAGUCCCAUCUUGUGGCGUAGGCUAGUUCCCUUCCUCUGCUGCUAUUUCUUCAACAAGCCCACUUCUUUUGUGGACGAUAUCCUGAAGAACAGCCACGUCCCCGAGGCCACCCGCCGGAAGUACCGCAAGUGGGUGAGCGCCGACCACAUCCCGGAACGGUUCAAAGCCAGAGGCUACACACCGCCGCCGCCGUCUCCGUUUAACCCUCGGCUGCAUGAUGAAGUAAAAGUGGUGCUCACCGAAAUGUGCUCGCCCUUGAUCGCCGAGGAUGCGGUCAUCUCCAAGCUCCCGCAAACCUUCCUGUUGACCUGCGAAUUUGACGUCCUUCGCGACGACGGGUUGCUGUACGUGAGGCGGCUGACGGACAACGGCGUACCGGUAACCUGGAGCCACGUGGAGGACGGCUUCCAUGGGAUAGCCGUGGUCUCCGGGUAUCGCUUCAUGUCCUUUUCUAUAGCCAAAAGGAUUGUGCACGAUUUCAUCGAUUUUAUCCGACGCUUGUGAGACCAAAACGAAACAGAGAGGAGGACGGCGGCCUUUUGAUCUUCUUUCCAGGGAAUCCAGUGGCCCAGACUCGCAGUCCCCUUGGGAUAAACUGGUUGGACUCCCAAACCAGGGUCUUCCCCACCCAAACGCAGCUCUUAAAAAUGAACGCGGCUCAGAAGAACUCAUGAAGAAGAUUCUAUUCAAUUCUGUUCUGUUCUAUAUUCCCGUGAUGACAAACCUGGCACGCGGCGCCAUUUGUUAGGGGCACACG